AUGGCCUCUUCAUUCGCAAUGUACAAGGCUCUCCUCUUCUUCUCCUCGCUGCUCUCCGCAGUGCAGGCCCAGCAAGUCGGCACUCAGCAGGCCGAAGUCCACCCCAGCCUGACCUGGCAGACCUGCACCGACUCCGGCUGCACGACCGUCAACGGCGAGGUCACCAUCGAUGCCAACUGGCGCUGGCUGCACACGGUCGACGGCUGGACCAACUGCUACACCGGCAAUGAAUGGGACACCUCCAUCUGCACGAGCAACGAAGUCUGCGCCGAGCGCUGCGCCGUCGACGGUGCCAACUACGCCGCAACCUACGGCGCCACCACCUCCGGCAGUGCCCUGCGCCUCAACUUCGUCACCCAGUCCCAGCAGAAGAACAUCGGCUCCCGCCUCUACCUCAUGGACGACGAGGACACCUACACCAUGUUCUACCUGCUCAACCGCGAAUUCACCUUUGACGUCGACGUCUCCGAGCUCCCCUGCGGCCUCAACGGCGCCGUUUACUUCGUCUCCAUGGACGCGGACGGCGGCAAAUCGCGAUACCCCACCAACGAGGCCGGCGCCAAAUACGGCACGGGCUACUGCGACUCGCAGUGCCCUCGCGAUCUAAAGUUCAUCAACGGCGUCGCGAACGUCGAAGGCUGGGACGCGUCCGAGACGAACCCCAACGGCGGUGUCGGCAACCACGGCUCCUGCUGCGCGGAGAUGGACAUCUGGGAAGCCAACUCCAUUUCCACCGCUUACACCCCGCACCCCUGCGACACCCCCGGCCAGACUAUCUGCGAUGGCGACUCUUGCGGCGGAACCUACAGCAACGACCGCUACGCCGGCACCUGCGACCCAGACGGAUGCGACUUCAACCCCUUCCGCCAGGGCAACAAGACCUUCUACGGCCCCGGGCUGACCGUCGACACCAACAGCCCCGUGACGGUCGUAACGCAGUUCCUAACAGACGACGGGACCGACACCGGAACCCUCUCCGAAAUCAAGCGCUUCUACGUGCAGAACGGCAACGUGAUCCCGAACUCGGAGUCCACAUUCCCCUCAAACCCAGGAAACAGCAUUACCACCGAAUUCUGCGAGUCCCAGAAGACCCUCUUCGACGACACCGACGUCUUCACCCCCCACGGCGGAAUGGCAGGCAUGGGCGCUGCCCUGGAGCAGGGCAUGGUCCUCGUCCUGUCCCUAUGGGACGACAACUACGCCAACAUGCUCUGGCUUGACUCGAACUACCCAACAACCGAGGACCCCACCAAGCCCGGCGUUGCGCGCGGAACGUGCCCAACUGACUCUGGGGUCCCGUCUGAAGUCGAGGCCGAGCACCCCGAUGCGUACGUCGUGUACUCGAACAUCAAGUUUGGGCCGAUUGGGUCUACCUUUGACGAGGAUGGGUCCGGGCCUAGUCCCACGAACACCGUGACCAGCUCUGCUACUAGCACGACUAGCGGCCCGACGACGACGGCUACGGGCGGUGGCCAGGCGCAGCGGUGGGAGCAGUGCGGUGGGAGCGGGUGGAAUGGCCCGACUUCUUGCGUGAGUCCGUGGACCUGUACGGCUGUGAACCAGUGGUACUCGCAGUGUCUGUAG